CCGCGCGUGGGACGACCCGCCCAGAGAGGUUGUGCUAUAUUAUCUCACGUUCCAUAGGUGUUUGAAAGCACUCGAGCGAUCGUCGGAUAUCACUCCAGGAGGGAAAGAAUGAAGGCAGCUGUGGUGGCGUAUUUGGUUUGUGUAUGCACGUUUGCAGCAAGAAGAGUGUAUUCGGUGACCAAUAAUGAUUCAGGCCCACAUUCCCUCAGCAGAGUGUGCUACUACGCUCCCGGAUCACCUUCCCCAUCCCCGACGGAUCUGGAUCCGAUGCUGUGCACUCACAUAAUCUUCGGCUUUGCGGACGUUGGGAAGAACAACACGCUCAUCCCGACGCACCCGGAUGACGUCAGCAAAUACGUCAAACUCACUGGGCUCAAGAACAUCAAUCCCGAUCUCAAAGUGAUGCUAUCUGUUGGGGGCGGAGGUUAUGGCAGCCCUUUUAGCAGGAUGGCCAACAGUUCUGAAAGCAGACAUACUUUCCUCUCAUCUGCUGCCCAUCUGCUUCGAAACUAUAACUUCGAUGGCCUCGACAUUGACUGGGAGUUUCCAGCUAAAUCAGAGAGAGAAAACCUGGUCCUGCUGUUAAAGGAAGCCAGAAAGGUUCUCAACCACCUUCUACUUUCAGUUGCUGUGGCUUCCACAGAAACCAUAAUUGACACAGCCUACGACGUUCCUGGUCUGGCAAUGUACGUCAAUUUUAUCAACCUGAUGUCGUAUGACUACCAUGUGUAUCAGCCAUAUCUGCCAUUUACGGGACACAACAGUCCACUUUUCCAUCGUAAAGUAGAGCAGGGGUAUUUCUCUACUUUGAAUACGGCAUGGUCUGCGGAAUAUUGGGCGUCGAGCGGGAUGCCUCGUAACAAGAUAAUGGUCGGCAUUCCGACAUACGCACGGACAUUUACGCUGCUCGAUCCCGCCGACCAUGGAUUUGACGCUCCCGUUUCAGGGAUUGGACCUGGUGGCGGAAGCGUGGGCUAUCCAUGGGUUUGUGACUUUCUCCGGAACAAAAGCACAUCAGUAUUUGAUGAUGAGAGCCAAGUUCCGUACGCUUACAAGGACACCACUUGGGUUGCCUAUGACACUUUUGCGAGUAUUCGUUCAAAAGUCAUCUGGGUCAAAGCACGGCAGUUUGCUGGUGUCAUGACUUUUGACCUUUGCAAUGAUGACACAACUGGUUCAUGCAACCAAGGAAAAUUUCCACUGCAUAAUAUGAUUGCCAAGAUGCUUACGUAAUUCAUCAUUACCUGCACGGCAGAAACUUCGCAAACCACGAAAGCUUACAAUCACCUUUUUGAUUACUGCCACACUGCAAAGCAUCACCAUCACACAAGUCGUGCGAGUAAUUUUGAUCAGAAUCAUUUUGUCAUGUACAAACCCAUAAUUUUAUUUGUUUAAAAUAAAAUGUUCCACUACAUA